AAUCAUUAUCACAUAAGGACAGUUGUGAUCAGCUCAUAAUUAAGUAGAAUUACGAUUAAAAAAUAAAUUAAUGAAUUUGUACAAAAAAUUUAAAUAAUUGUUAAAAUAAGAAAGGAUCCUUCAACUGAUUUAUUAAAAUUAUGAGAUUAAAUCAAAUUUAAUAAAAAUGAGUUUAUUAAAAAUAUCUGCAACUGAUUGUAAAGAGAAAGAAGCUAACGAAACUCUUGAUGAUUUCAAUGAAUUUGUAUAUGAGAACGGGAAAACUAAAUGGGGCGAUCGGUUAUGUGGAGUCGUUUUAUUAAUAAUUUGCAGUUUAAAUUUAAUAAUUGGUAUAUUUUUAAGUAGUAACAAUUUAAUUGAUAUGUUAAUUGAAGAAAGAACUAAAAUGAGACCGGGUUGGCUACCAAUGGAAGAUUGGAAAAAUCCAAAACAUAUUCCAAGAAUAUAUGUUCAUGUAUAUACAAUUGAAAAUCCGUAUAAUUUUAAAGAAGGUAUUGAUAAAAAAUUAAAACUAAAGCAAUUGGGUCCAAUUGUUUAUGGAUAUAAGGCUCAACAAAAAGAUGUUGUUUUUGAAGAUGAUGGAACAUUAUCAUAUACAACAGUAAGAGAAUUUGAAUUUCUUAAAGAAGAAAGUGAACCUGGUAUCAUGAAUAAAACAAUAACUAUUGUUAAUCCUGCAAUGAUAAUACUUGCAGCAAAAAGUGGACGACAUAUUCUUCAACAUUUUGAAAAUAUAUAUUUAAAUAAUACGGUUUAUCAUAUAUUAUGGAAUGGUUCAACAAAAUUUACAAAUUUAAUUAAGUCAGGAUUCUCAUAUUUAUUACCAACUGAUAAUUUUGGUCUAUUAUACAAUACAUUUAGACUAUUCAAAGAAAGAUACAAUGUUCGUAUUGGUCCAAAAAAUAAAAUAGAAGAUUUUUGGAAAAUUAAUACACUUAAUGGCAAAACAAAAUUAUUACAUUAUAAUAAUUUUAGGGGUUUUGAUGAUUGUCCAUUUUCGGUUGUGAAUACAACUGAUGGGACAGGUUUUCCGCCAUAUUUGACUAAAAAUCAUACAUUCAGAAUAUCAAUAACGAGAAUUCCGCGUCAUUUUAUCUUAGAGUUUGAAAAAGAACUCAUUGAUAAGAAUAUUAAUACAUAUAAAUUUACUGUUUCACAUGAAAAUUUUAUGAGGACAUACGACAGCAAAGAUUGUUUGGGAAAUUAUAAAGGAAUACAAUUACCAAGUGGCUUAAUUGAUGCAUCAACGGUAGCUUAUGAUUUUCCAUUUGCUUUUUCAAAUCCUCAUUUAUAUGGUUUUAAUGGCGAAUGGGAAACAAAUAUAGAGGGCUUAUCACCAAAUAAAGAAGAACAUGAAUCAUAUUUAAUAAUGGAACCUUUAAGUGGUGUUCCACUACGAGGGCAAUUUGGUCUACAGAGUAAUAGUUUCUUUGGCGAUUUAAGUAGUUUACCUAAACUUAAAGCUUUUAGUAAUAAAAUUGUGCCAAUGUUUUGGCUUCAAAUGAAAUCCGACGAUUUUGGUUACACAACAUUAAUAUAUUAUUGUUUAUAUUGGCUUCCUGUUCUACAAGUCAUUGUUGCCGUAAUAUGCCUUCUUUUAGGUGUAUUCUGCUUUUAUUUAGCUAUCAAGAAAUUAAUGAUAUUACAGAAGAACGAUAUGAAAUUUAAUCAAGAAACAGUAAAAAGGAAAACAGAAGUCAUAGAAUAUGAUUAUUAAGAGGGAUCGUGUAAUUAUCAUAUAUUCAAAUGUAUGGGAUCUAAAAAGAAUGCAAAGUUUCAAUAAGAUUUUGAUUAUAAAUUGUUCGUAUUUUUAUCAAAGAGGAAAAUUAUUCUCUGUUUUAGGCGUAACAAUUACGCUUAUGCUGUUUUUGCUUUAGCUUUAAAAAGAGCAUUUGAUAUUUUUUAAAACAUAUUUUUAAGUAUCUAUAUAUUAUAUAAUUAAGAAAAUUUAAUAACUUCUUAUGAAAAUUUUCAAAAAAUUUUUAUUCCUUAGUCAGACUAAAUACGUACCUAAGUAAAUACGUCUAUUAAUUUGUAAAGCUACAUAUUGCAAUAAUUAAUUUUUAUGUGACUAGGUUUAUUAAAAAGUUUUUAUGAUUUUUCCUUUAAAUACGCUUGCCUGUGUCUAAUAUCAAAAUGACUACUUUUUAAAAAACCUGAAUGAAGUUAAAUUUCCUCGUAUUCCGUAAUGAAAGUGAUUUCUAUCCGAACAUAGAAAUUUCGGCUUUAUCUGAAUCCAAUAAUUUACCUCUCAGGUUGAAUUAGAUUUAAAAACCAUAUUAUUGCGAUAUCUAACUCAAAUAUAUUUAGAAAGGGUGAUAAUAUGUUAACAUAAUUUUAUUGGUUAGUAAUUUGAUAAAUUUAAUUCGGUUUUAUUUACCUUUAAGCACUCAUAUUUAAAGAUUUAA